AUGUCUGCUGAUUGUUCCUUACUUUGUUCCCUUCAAUUAUGGACUUUGAAGUAUGCUGGUCUUCAUGAGCGUGAUAUAAGUGUUCAUAGUUACCAACAAAAGCCACCGCCAGUUAAAUCUUCCAUUCUUCCGUUCCUUCAUUCCAAUUCAUCUUCAGCGACGGACAAAGCUCCAAAGAAAGCGACUUAUUACGAUGAAUACAACGAUUAUUUCACUUCGCGUUCAUUACCAUUUCAUCUUUCGAACAAAAUCUUUCAUAAUCUACGCGACAAACUAAUUGAAUUCGAUAAUCUUCUUUCCACAUUAAAACUUAUUCGUACAAUAUGGCUGCGUUUCGACGUUAUUUUUCUCGUCUUUUCUAACGGUACAUUCGUUUUUCUUCACAUCGAUAAAAUCAGUCGAACAUUGAAAGAUAUAUCCAUCGACAAAACCACUUUAGCAAAAAAAUUCCAUAUUACAGCAACCAUCUCUGAUCUCUAUCUUAAUUCUCAUGGAUUCUAUGUUAUCUAUGAGACACUAUCAAAAAUUGACCUGGUUCGUUUCAACACUCCGAUCCGUUCAUUUGAUUCAAAAUUUAAUCUUGCCAAUGAAUCCGUUCGACUAAUCAGCGAAGAAUUACCACCCUAUUCAAGUACGAUACCUGUUCGACGAUGGUUUCACAUCAAUCAUGAUGCUCAUACUAUAACUGUUUGGUGGUCAAUGUUAGCCGAAGGAAUUUCAACGAAUACUCAUCUCGUCGAUGGUGACCAGAAAAAAUCCAGGUUCAAUUGCUUGUCGAUAGUCUUUUUACUAGAAAAUGAAAAAGAUCUGAAGGAGAAAAUGUAUUCUAUUCAAACCGAAACAUCAAAUCCGUAUUAUUGUUCAUCGACUUCAUCGGGGUUGACAACAGUUGAAAUGAAUGAACAUCUUGAUAAGAAUGGCGUCGAACGUACGUUCGAAUUAAGUAUUUAUUUCUAUGAAAACUUCCGUUCGGUUCCUCUUCGACUUGUUCACAUUACAUCCUUGCCAUCAUCUAUUCUAUACGUUAUUCGUUCGUCAAAUUAUACAAUCGUUUCUUUGAUUGAUGGAACGUUACUUUCAAUUGAUGAAAUCAAUCAUAUUCAACGUUCGAAAUCUUGUGCUUUAUCACGAAAUUUAACUGGUUUAUGGUGGAUCAUUGAUAAUCUAUUGUUUGCUAUAGCUGACGAGCAAGGUUCGAUAAUCUUCUAUGAUAUUGCAUUGAAUCCUAUUUGGCCUGUUUUGUCUUCGUUUAAAAAAUUAAAUUUUCAUCAAUUACUGAAUCUUGAUCAGCAUCUUAUUGCAAUCAAUCAGUUACUCACACGAACUUCAUCCUCAUCAAAUUUAACAUUUCUCCUUCAAUUUUCUCAAGGUGGCCCAGUCGGUCUUAUUGAUGUCCAUUUUCCUUUCGAAAACAUUCAUUCGCUAUUCAAAUUCUAUUUGAAUACACAAAAUUAUCAAUAUAUUAUCGAUCUAUUAUGGUGCUUAGACUGGACAAGACAAGAUAAUGAUUGUCGUUUAGCAAUAUCUUACCUUUCUCAAGAUUUAUUUCGUCGAAUGACUUCAAAAGAAUCAUUUUAUCUCGAACAAAUUCUCCGAACAUUCUAUGCACCUCUACGUCCAAUCAACGAUGCAAGUAUCUUACGCAAUCGUUCAUUUAUUAAUCAAAUAGCGAUGAAAUUCUUCUACUAUCUACUAAAAAGCAAAUACUAUUCUCAAGCAUUGCAAUUAGCCAAACAUUUGGACAACCGAGCCAUCUAUCUUGAUCUUUAUUAUGCAUGUGAUUAUGACAACGAGAAACACAUUAUGAACAUUUGUGCAGAAAGAUUACAAUUGAAUUCUCGAGAUAAGGAAACAGAUUAUGACGACAAUGAAAGCGGUUUAUCGGUAACGUCAAGCGAAGAUGAAAACGAAAAUUCUAAAGCAGUUAAAAAACGAUAUCCAGUUAUGGAUGUUAAACAAUACGGAGAUAUCAAAGAAAUCCUAGAAUCUGCAAUUGAACACUAUAAACUCGAUGAAAACAUCUAUGAACAGCGAAUUUGA